CACAACACAACACAACAAGCAAAGCAGCACGCACACGGCUCUUCCACUCUCCAGCCAGCCAGUCAGUGUUGUCAGAUCACAUCACGCGAUCUGGCAAUCACAUCACGCCAUUACAGGAGCAGGAGCGAUGGUUGGUGUGUUUGCGAGCUGGCGAACCCAGCGCUGGAUUACACUGGCGUUUGGGUGCGUGCUGAUGCUGUGUGCAGGUACCGUGUACCUGCUCCCUGCAUGGAGUGAUGGCUUGCGCGCCCAGGCGCACCUCAGCAUCUCAUCCUUCAACACAGUCGCCACCGGCCUCAACGCAGGGACAUGGUUGGGCGUUAUUGGUGGUGUCCUGUACGAUCACGUUGGCCCAAAGCCCACGGGUAUCGCCGCAGGAUUGCUUCUCUUCCUCGGCUAUUUUGGCAUCAAGCUCGCCGUCCAGCACUAUGCCAAGACGUGGCUCAUCACCGUCCUUGCCCUUGUCGUGGGCCAGGGAUCAGGCUUCUUCUACACCGUGGCCUUGAACACGAGCGUCAAGAACUUUGGACCAAACAGUCGUGGCAAGGUCGUUGGCUUGCUGGUGUGCUUCUUCGGCCUGUGCUCCGGCAUCUUCACCGUCUUCCUCAAGGGCUUCUUCCCCAGCGCCAACUCGGGCCACCUGCCGCAAUUCCUCCUCUUCCUUGCGCUGGUCACGUCCUGCACGGGCCUCAUCGCAACGUUCUUCCAACGCCUCCUCUUCGUGGCAGACAAGACGUCCCUCCCGCCAUCCAUGCACCCGCUCACCCCUGCUGACGCGACGCCGCCACCGGCCGAGCCCCUGCGCAUCACCAUCGCCGAAAGUGAAAACAAAAUUGAGGAAGCGGAUUGUAUCUCCUGCAGGCUCACGUUGUCUCUUAUGUUCAGGGCAUCUCGGUUUCGGUCUGGGGGCACACCGUUUAUCUAUCUGAAAUUUUCCGUGUGCAACACGUUUGGGCGGCUGUUUAGUGGCCACAUCUCCGACACCUUCGCCCGUCGCCUUCCUCGACCGGCAUUCCUGGUCAUGGCAGCCUUGCUCAUGGCCAUCGUUCAGGUCAUCUUUGCGUUCGCCAGCGUCAACCUCCUGUAUUUGGGUGCCGUGCUUCUGGGCCUUGCCUAUGGGUCGUUCUUCUGCCUCGUGCCCACCCUCACUGCUGAAGCGUUUGGAGUUGUACAUUUUGGCGCCAACUACGGCUUGCAAGGCCUUGCCCCAGCAGCAGGAUCUGAGCUGCUGAGCACGUUGAUGGCUGGGGGCAUGGCCGACGACCGGCAGCGCCACCAUUUUGUCAACGUCACCUCCGAUCACGGGCACGACCACGCCCUGCACUGCCUCGGGCCAGCCUGCUACCGCGUGUCGCUGCUGGUCAAUGCAGGCCUGUGUGUGUUUGCUGCGCUGAUUGCGGUGGUUAUUACAAUCAGGCAGCGCACGGGCCGUGCAGACACGCUUCUUAAGCACUCACACAGCGCAAUCAAGCAAUCAUAGACUGCUGCUGCUGUAGGCAACAACCUCGCGUUUUGCUUUGAUGUAGGCGAUCUUUGCUCUUGUUCUUCUUUUCCACGAACGACAACCAUCUCUAUGCAUUCGUUUGCUUGCUUCUUCGCCCGUUGUGUUGUGUUACGACCGCAUCUCCCAUUGCUUGUUCAUGUUCUCGCCUGCCCUCUUGUGCUCUUGCUUCUUUCUUUCUUGUGCAUAUAUUGUUGCUGACUUGUGAGCACGCGCCUCCAUCAUCCGCGUGCCUCCCCCCCCCCCCCCUCC